CUGUAACGACGGAGAAUCUUGAUCCACAAAGCCACAGUAUAUCUUUAUUCAUUUUUCCGGCGGAGGGAUAUGGCGGAGGAGAAGCAAAAGUGGGGUAGCGGAGGAGGAGGGUCGGUGGUGGUUUUGGAGCCAAAGCCAAGGAAUGGGUUGACUUCUAAAGUGGUGGACUUUGUGGAGAAGCUGAUUGUCAAGUUCAUGCACGACACUUCUCAGCCUCAACACUAUCUCGCCGGUAACUUUGCUCCGGUUACUGAAGAGACCCCUCCUGCCACCGACCUCCUUGUCAAAGGGUUCCUUCCGGAUUGCUUAAAUGGAGAGUUUGUUAGGGUGGGUCCAAACCCAAAAUUCUCCCCUGUGGCUGGAUAUCACUGGUUUGAUGGAGAUGGCAUGAUUCAUGGUUUGCGCAUCAAAGAUGGGAAAGCAACCUAUGUCUCCCGCUUUGUAAGAACAUCUCGGCUUAAACAAGAGGAGUAUUUUGGAGGUGCUAAAUUUAUGAAGGUUGGAGAUCUUAAGGGGCUGUUUGGAUUGCUUAUGGUGAAUAUGCAAAUGCUGAGAGCAAAACUGAAAGUGUUAGAUGUUUCAUACGGAAUUGGAACAGCUAAUACAGCUCUCGUAUAUCACCAUGGGAAACUUCUAGCACUUUCCGAGGCAGAUAAACCAUAUGUCCUCAAAGUUUUGGAAGAUGGAGAUCUCCAAACACUUGGCAUGCUGGAUUAUGACAAGAGAUUGACGCAUUCUUUCACUGCUCAUCCUAAGGUUGACCCAUUCACAGGGGAGAUGUUUACAUUUGGUUAUUCACAUACACCACCAUAUAUCACUUACAGAGUAAUUUCAAAGGAUGGCUUCAUGCAUGACCCGGUACCAAUAACAAUAUCAGAUCCCAUCAUGAUGCAUGACUUCGCCAUUACUGAGAACUAUGCAAUUUUCAUGGAUCUUCCAUUAUAUUUCAGACCAAAGGAAAUGGUCAAGGAGAAGAAGCUGAUAUUCACAUUUGAUGCAACGAAAAAAGCACGCUUUGGUGUACUUCCUCGUUAUGCAAAAGAUGAGCUGCUAAUCAGAUGGUUCGAGCUUCCAAAUUGUUUCAUAUUCCAUAAUGCGAAUGCUUGGGAGGAGGACGACGAAGUUGUUCUGAUUACUUCUCGCCUUGAGAAUUUUGAUCUAGACAGCUUCGGUGGGACCGUCAAAGAAAAGCUUGAAAACUUCUGCAACGAGCUGUAUGAGAUGAGAUUCAACAUGAAAACUGGUCUGGCUUCACAGAAGAAAUUAUCAGCACCUGCUGUAGAAUUUCCAAGGGUGAAUGAGAGUUACACUGGCAGGAAACAAAGAUAUGUAUAUGGUACCACACUUGACAGCAAUAUUGUCAAAGUCACUGGGAUUAUCAAGUUUGAUCUGCAUGCUGAACCAGAGACUGGAAAAACAAAGCUCGAAGUUGGAGGAAAUGUUAAAGGCCUCUAUGACUUGGGACCUGGCAUAUUUGGUUCUGAGGCUAUUUUUGUCCCUCGUGUGCCUGGCAUUACUUCUGAAGAAGACGAUGGCUACUUAAUAUUCUUUGUACAUGACGAGAAUACCGGAAAAUCAGCAGUGCAUGUACUUGAUGCAAAAACAAUGUCAACUGAUCCUGUUGCAAUUGUUGAGUUACCCCACAGAGUUCCGUAUGGGCUCCAUGCCUUCUUUGUGUCAGAGGACCAACUUCAAGAGCAGGCAAAACUCUGAAUCUCUGAUAGAUUGUUGGGAACCGCACAAUAUAUUUGAAAAAAGAGAAAUUGAAACUUCAGGCAUAUCCAUGUAAAUUAUACGUAUGAUAUAACUCUUCGACUAGUACUUUCCCAAUAUUUUAUCAGCACAUCUUUUCUAGCUUUAAAAAAAAAAAAGAAAAAAACAAUGUAAUAAUUCCCCUCUGGAUCUGGAAGAAGUAUCAGUCUACUAUUUCCCAUGUUAUCUCAAUGAUAUUUCUUAAUGGCAAGCAUAUAGGAAUUUGUUCUUCAUUGGAUUUGGCCAUCUAGCCGGAUGCAUUUUGAACAGAUGAUUUGAAGGGAAGGGCUUCAAUGCUCCAUAUGGAAAGUGCUUGUGGAUUUCACAUACAUCAACAAGAAAACAACUGUAGGCUGCAAUUCAUUAAUCCAAAGCUGAUUCCCAACCCAGUGGUUUAUGUUUUACUACAUUGCGUUCGAGCCAUUCAAACCCCAUUGCAGCACCCAAUCUGCCUAAACAGGCGCUCUCAUGCUCUAAAUGUGUCCAGGUUGCAGGAGAAGAUCCUGUUGAGGUUGUUCAAACAUCCACCCUGAUGUAC